AUGUCUCCCGAUCUUGAGUCAAUUUUUGCCGAGUUGGGAUUGUCCCAGUAUCUUGGUGCAUUCGUUGAGCAAGGUUUCGAUGAGUGGGAUAUCAUUCUUGACAUCCAGGAGUCAGAUCUAGAUGCCUUGGGUGUCAAGCUAGGCCACCGGAGGAAGCUCCAGAGAAGGAUAGCUAAUGCCAGAGGCAUCUCCCCAUCGGUGUCAUUGGUAACCCCUGUCAGGCCAACCAGCGAGGAUGCAAAAUCGGAUAGUGUGCAGCCUGAGCCAACUCGGACGGAACUACCGCCCGAAGGACAUGGUGUUGCCAAACGAAAGUAUCGGCGUCACCCUAAGCCUGACGAGAAUGCCCCUGAGAGGCCCCCGUCAGCAUAUGUAUUGUUUUCCAACAAAAUGAGGGAAGACUUGAAAAGCCAAAAUCUCACGUUCACAGAAAUUGCAAAACUCGUCGGAGAGAAUUGGCAGAACCUGAAUGCAAGCGAAAAGGAGGCAUAUGAAAGCCAAGCAAAUGCCGAUAAGGAGAAGUACCACCGUGACUUGAUGGAAUAUAAGAAAACGGCCGACUAUCGGAAGUAUAUGCAAUAUCUUCACGAGUUCAAGGAGAAGCAGGCCAAACGUACUCAAGCAUUCAUCGACUACGCCAACUCUGUUAUCCCAGGCAAAUUCGAACGACGAGACCAUGUCUUCACCCCAGGCCGCUCACUUCGAUGCUGGAAGCCCCCGGGAACCUCAUUACCAGGCUCCCAAGCGCCAGCAGUCCUGGCGAGAAGGGGGUCGGGGAGUAGAAGUUUCACACCAACAUCUACCCUCGUUAUCCAACAUGCUCGAAGAUGGAAGGAGAGGGAUGCCAAUUGCAUCUGGGUCGGAAGGUCGGUACCCGAAGUCCCCAAUGUGCUUCCAUCAGCGCCACCCAAGCCCCCUCUCCUCCGGCACGAACCAUCUUCCAGCAGCAGUAUUGGUUCAGUGAGUCCAGCGGGGGGCUUUGCACGGACUCCCGGCGAAGGACCUCUCCCAAUCCACGCUCUCCUUUCCCACCACCAGACACUGCCGACACCAGUUGUUGCUGCCAACGCGGCAAUGUUCGAACGAGGUUCUCCUGUUUCCGGGUUGGGUACUGGUACGACGACCCCGAGCCCAACAGACCCUAUGCCACUCGCAAGGCCAUAUUUUGGCCAUGGCGUCGUGCCUAGGGGAUAUGGCUCUCGACCGUUGCCACCCACUGGCCCUCCAGCCAGGAAUGGCGAAUAUAUGGUGGACAACGAUGUGCCAAUGACACCGGCACCUGAUCUAAUGGCCCCAAUCGAGGAUCGGUCCUUCAGGACUCGCCUCGACGGCAUGAGCGUCUUGCUAAGAGCCGGCGAGCUUGUCGAAAAACACGAACGAGACGAACGACGAUGA